CAUGUCAUUGGAGUUAUCUAUGUGGAAAAGAUCUCAUAAGCGAUUUGAAAAGAAAAAUCCGCAAAGAAAUUGCAGCAAGUUUUCUCCAAAGCACACAAGAGUGUUUCCAGCAUGACAAAGUGACUUGCCGCUAUUCGAAUUGUUGAGUGAUUUAACAUGAAAUGAGUACAGUUCGGAUCCGGUUGAAAAUGAAAGUAUCGCAUUUCAAGCCUAAAUUUAGACGAUCUAGGAUAUGGGCCAACUCAUCAUGAACAAAAUAUAAAAGCAAUAUUAAACUUGGCGUUGUGGGCACGUCCGAAAGUAGGCAUAAGAUCAGUCAACCUUUCAAAAAGGAGUUCAUUUACCAAGAACACAUUAUUUGUUAUUUCUUCGUCCUUAUUUUGACGUAGGUUGAGUUUGUUAUUUUUCCGGCAAAAGGUGUCUAUCUUGCGAGGCAUUUUUGAGAGUUCGCAGCUUGCGGGGCGAAGCGAGACAAGAUUUCCAAGGGGGUAAAAGAUGACUGAGAUCCUGUUCAAAACAUUGGUAGCGCUGGUUCAGUUGAUUUCGCUGCACUGGACAUCCAUUUGUGAUGGUACUGUCUAUGUUCCCAAAAGGAGUUUUUCUGUACCUGAGGGCAGCAAAUUAAGUAUAAAUUGCUCCGCGAAACACGAGGCACUCACGGGUUGGUUCACAUCGAGCGGACAAAAGAUAACCAAUGAUCCGUCAGUAAGAGUCUACGUAAUAUCAAAUGGAAGUUUGAAAUACUUAGUGAUCCCUAGCGUCAACAAGGCAGACCGAGGGACCUACGAAUGUAGAGGGACCAAGAACAAGACGCAAAUACGGCUGGAUGUCGAAUAUAGCCCCGUUUUCGUCAAGGAAAGCUCCACACACGAAACAAUAUUUUCAUCUUUACAAAGCAACGAGGAAAUAACAUUAAAAUGUAAAUUUGAUGGAUUUCCACUUCCCGAAAUAAAAUUCCACUUCGCCGGUGUUGAACUAAAUAGCAGUGACAGUAGACCCGGGUUUGUUUCACACAAGUUUCGCGUUACAAGACAGAGCGAUUUCGGAUUUUACAGCUGCGUGGCUAAAAACAAGAUGGGUACAAAAACACAUUACAUUGAGGUUUACGAAAGAGGUCCUCCCGAACCUCCAAAUAAUGUGCAGGCUUCAUCGACGUGUGACAGUGUAAAUGUCACGUGGGAGGCGUCACGCAAGGAUGGUGGAAGCCCCGUGACAAGCUACACUGUCGAACUUUUGAGUGAAGGGGAAUCAGUUGCAUCGGAAUCUUUAACGAACUCAAGUCGCUUCAAGACCUUUACGGAUCUGAAAAACAAUACUGAAUACGAGGUUCGAUUGUAUUCUAACAACGCGCUUGGCGGCGGAGAGUGGAGAAGUAUUUCUCUUAAUACCACUGUUGCAUGUCCUGAAAAACGUGGAUCUUCAGCCACCAAUUUAAAAGUUUUUACUUCGAUUCUCUCACUGCUGUUAGUGUUCGUUCACUUGGUGCUUUGACGAUGGAUUAUGAACGUUGGUGCUGUGGCCAUGGUCAGGGAUACAAAAUGACGCCCUAAACACGCGUAAAAUUAAAUAUUUUCAAGACCGCUGGAAAAUUAUCAGAGUGAACGUCAACAAGAUUCUUCUUCGUUGUUUGUGCUGUGCAUAUUUUGAGAUCCAGGAUGAAUAAUAACCCAAACAUGGCGAGAAAGUAAUUUACCAAGCGUAGGAAUCUUUAAGUUUGGCUGGCACUGGAUUAAAUCUCUGUAAAUAGAGAGGUUUUAGUGGAAAGACAGCAGAAAGACAACAAUUUAAUUUAUAUCAACUUCCCUUAGUCCUUUAAAAGUAAGGUUUAUAUUUUCCAGUAUAUAACCUAUCCCAGAGUGAUGAAUGGACGAUAAGAACAGUGAGAAAAUUGGACAUGAGUGCCUUAGGGCGCGUGUUGGAAAGAGAGGGGGGGGGAGGGAAUUCAGGGGAAAACACGUCCUUUCUUAGCGCCACUGUUACAGCCAUUGAAAAGUCACAAUUAUUUAACUCGAACUGCCUUCUCUCCUCUGCAGAGGUUCUCAAACUCCGAAAUUAGUGGUGAAACUACAUGCGCGCGAUAGCGCGGGGUGUUUACGCGUUCGCGAGUAGUGGCCGCUUUCAGCGACUCUCUCGCGACAACAAAACGAACACGAGGAUAACGACGGACUCCCAUUUUUGGAAUUAGGAAGAGGGGAAUUAGUUAUCUGUAAAAUUUUCCUCACAUAUCUUUGUGUUAAAGUGUUAGUUUAGAUCGAAGAAUACUUCAAGGAACAAACUGUUCGUGGAAACUCUGUCACUCAUUGAAGUUGUUUUAGCGUUUUGCUGUCACAAGAAAGGAACUUCUCUUACCUUGAUAAACUACUCUUGUUAUUUUGCCAAAGGGAAGCAAAUAGAUAAAUAAAUAUGUGAUAACAAAUUGAAUUAAAAGAAGAAAAAACUAUUUCUGGUUACGCUCGCUAAAGUGAACCGAGGGCAGUGCAACAUGGAAAUUAACCAUACUCAAUGCUUUUCUUACAUUCCAUUGUUCUCUUGGAUACUUUUUUAUACAAUUCAUCCUUGUUAUACGCGAUGAUUUUUUUACAGUUGUACAAUAAAAUAGUAAUAAUAAUAAU